UAAUAAAUACUUUCCCUUAGUGCUUUAAAGCAUACUCAUCACGCUAAUCUAAUGCGGAUUGGCGGUUUAUAACGCACUACUAUUAAAGAAAGUUCUUAUUAAGUUAACAACAAGACAUCCUCUAACAUCUUCGGGUUCGGUUCAAUCGGGGGAUUGAGUUUUUCUUAAUUGGUCCAGGUCUGGCUGGUGGGAGGCGUCGGUCGUGACUAGUUAUCAUCCUACCAACAAAUACGUACCGCCAAGCCAUUUAGCGUUCCGGUACGAUGUCGUGUAGAAACUGAAAGGCAGUGGAUUUUCAUCCUCCUAGCCCGUCUCUUAGCCCGCUUCCAUCUUAGAUUGCAUCAUCACUUACCAUCAGGUGAGAUUGUUAUCAAGAGCUAACUUGUAAAGAAUAAAAAAAUCGUAAAAGCCAUAACAGCUACAUUGUAACAACAAAUGUUAGAAAAUCCCACAAAACACAAAAGCGAUAGCGAUAGAAAAAACCUGCGAACUUAAUUACCACAUACUGGAAAAUUCCACAGAACAGAAUGAAAAAGCUGCGUGAACUUGAUGAAUGGGCAAAGAAAACACCGCUCCAUUCAAAUAUUUCAAAUGCAUUCUAUAAAGGAAGUGCGUUCUGUCAACUGUCAAAUGACGUCUUUCCGCCUUGGCAACACGAAACCGCGCAUGCGUUAGGUGACCCCGAAAACGCCUGCGCGUCUACCCUCAGAUAAUCAAUAGUGCAGUUAGGACAACAGCCUGUUGGGUGAAACGUUUUUUCGCGUGCUAAUAAAGAAAAACACAGUUUAUUUGAUUCUCGUUUGGAGUAAAGCUUCAAACUGUCGGUGUCAAGUAGCGUCCUACCAGGGGCUAUCACCAUGAAGAUAUUGGCACCGCACGAUGGGCCGGACAUCGCACCAAUCGAGCCAUUGUUAUACCAGAGCGCGACAUUCUGGAUACUGGUGCUGAUCGGAUUCGGCGGUGCGGUUGCAGUCAUCAUUGCCUUCACAUGCUGGGUAGCCCGUCGCCGCUCAGCGCUCGCUCACAAACUUGGAGGCAAGCGUGGCCCGGACAAGGCGCUAGUGUUCCAGCCCCCCCGGCGCGCGACCGCAGUCCGCUCCCCAGGCUCCGCCACACACUACCUGCGCAAGUCGCCCUCGCCCACCGCAACCGCCCCGCAACCCGUCGUGUCGCCGCCGCAACCACAACCUCCGAACAACCCGCCAUCUGGUGCCAAUAGUCCACACAGUCCAACGGCCCCAGAGCCAGCGCCGUUGAGCAAAGAGCUAGCCGACGCCAACGCCACAGAGAAACCGAAACCAAUCGAACCCGAGACCGUCACCGAUGGAAAACUUGGAGACUUGCACUUCAAACUGCGUUAUGAAAAUGAGAAGAACGCCCUGGUGGUGUCAGUGGUAUCGUGUCAGGGGCUGCCCGGUCGCGAGCCCGCCGGCCCGGACCCCUACGUCAAGCUGCAACUGCUGCCGGACAAGCAGCACAAAGUCAAGACCCGAGUUGUGCGCAAGACCCGCUGCCCCGUGUACGAUGAAGACUUCACGUUCUACGGCAUCGCGCCGCAUCAGAUCUCCGCCAUCACUCUGCACUUCGUCGUCUUGAGCUUUGAUAGAUACUCUCGCGAUGAGAUAAUCGGUGAAGUGGUGUCUCCGCUGUCGACACUGCAGCUGCACAGCGGCGAGGCCAUGGCGCUCUGCAGGGAGAUACAGCCUCGCAGCCUCAAGAUGCGCAGCGUGGGUCGCGGCGAGGUUCUGGUGUCGCUGUGCUGGCAGCCCGCCGCGGCGCGCCUCACCGUGGUGCUGCUGAAGGCGCGCAACCUGCCCAAGAUGGACGUCACCGGCCUCGCUGACCCAUACGUGAAGAUGUACCUGUUGUACAACGGGCAGCGCAUCGCAAAGAAGAAGACGCACGUGAAGAAGCGAACCCUGAACCCGGUGUUCAACGAGUCCUUCGUGUUUGAAGUGCCAGCCGCGCCCAACGCCUCGCUCGACCACGUGUCUCUGGAGCUACUUGUACUGGACUGGGAUCGCGUCACCAAGAAUGAGGUGAUUGGCCGCCUGGAGCUAGGCGCAGAAGGCACCGGCAGCGCGCGACACCACUGGCGCGAGGUGCAGUCCGCUCCGCGCCGCCAGAUCGCCGACUGGCACAAACUGAAGGAGUGAGCCGAACUAAUUCCCACUUCGCCCGUGCCCAUCCCUACGCGCCCUCCCCCCGCUCACACAAGGUACCCCCUCGCGCUGCGGCCCUCGACACUACCUUUGAUCUUCUCCAAGUACUUGGGCCCGUCUAACGUGGUGGCAUAACUCAUGAAUUUUAUUUUUUGCAACUUGCAUCUGCUAGUGUCCACAUAAAGGCUACACUAAAACUGCAUACUAUUUCAUAUUCAGCAUGCGUACAAAGAUGUCUAUAUCUCAACGAGAGAGUGACUUAUUGUGUUACCUCAUGUUAGUUAACAGGGUUGCACUCGUCAUCGAAGCUAAUCUCGUUAGCUUGUUAAGAUAACAUGGUUAACUUCAUAACCAUGUGUUAGUCAACUAACAUUGUAUUAGUAGUGAUGACACGAGACAAUGGAUAGGUUACUAGUGCAAAAUUGCGGUUUUAGUGCAUUUGCUAUCACUGCAUAGAAACCAAAUGUUGUGCAUUCAUCUGAAAUUCAUACUGAAUACACGCGAUCUGCUCAGUUGGUUUGCAAAUUUUGAUGCAGUACGAUAACGUCACAACAAUUGCAUGCCAACAUAAUUUUUGCAACUGCAAAAAUGGUGUCGAAAUAUGAUGUUCAGUUUUAUUGCAGUCCAUGUGUAGACACAUUAAGUACUGGAUCCACAUCGCACAAGCAAGAAGAAAAUCAGCAGAAUGAAUUUCUUUGAAGCAUUGCUCCCUAUAUUGCAAAAUGAUCGUUAUUGACAGUUGCUCGCUCGAUGUGGAACCAGUAAGCCCUGUCGAUCAAUGCAUUAACACUUCAGAAAUGUAUUUUCGUGUUUCCGUUAUAUAACAUUGUUAGGAAAAAUGAUUGACGACGGUUUGUGGAUAGUAUCUCUGCAAAAUAAUGCAAGUGUGAAAAGUAACGCGAUGAUAGUGAUAUGUACUGUAUGACUCGUUUAUUGCAUUUAGCUCACUAUAAUAUUAUAUAUUUUUUGGGUAUUCAAAGAAGUAUUGUUACAGUAUAAAUAUCUGUGAAAUAUUUAUUAUACUUUAAACAAUUUCACUAUUUUUAUUAAUUAAUUAAUGAAUUAAUUAAUUAAUAAUUAUAGAAAUUGUUUGACGUUCCAAACAAUAAUUAGAAUUCCAUCAAAAAAAUCUACAAAAAUUCGAAAGUAAAGUGACCUAAAUCAAAAUUAAUGGAUAUUUCUUAUCUGUACUUACUUUUUUUGAAUUUUAAUAUCGUAUAUUUUAUUGGUCAUAUCAACAUUACAACAUUUUACAUGGCACUAUCAUCUCAUCAUUAUAAAUGGAGGCGAAAAAAUCGGGUAAGUGGGAAUUUAAGUUAGCCAAAGUCCAGAAACAAGUAAACGGUUUCUUUAGCAGUAAUUUAAAAUUUAAAAAUGUAGUGAUAUUUUGUAUUAGAUAGAUGAAAUUUAUUUCGUUACCAAUUAGAACGUUUUGGAUCUCAUAGUUUAUUCAAUGAGCCCUAUAUUUUUUUUCAUGUUUUUGAAAACGCACAUUUUGUAAUGUCCGUUGAUUGUGUCACAAAAAAUUAGAUUCUUAAGAAUAAUAAAUCAAAUGAAUUAGACAAUAUUUAUCUUUACUCCUUUGGUACUUUCUAAAGAUUGCAUUACUUAAUGCUACUACGUCAGAAAUUUUCAAAUCACAGCAUGACGUAUGAAACACAAAUUUUUCAAAUGAAGAAUUUUACAAAAUUAUAGAGGUGUAAUGAAAAAUAUUAUGUACCUAAUAUAGUAUACUUUAGAUGGUUUUGAACAAGUCGGUACUAUAUUUUCAAUGAAUUAAAAUUUAACAUAUCUAAUUCUAUGACACGGGACAACUAAAGUAUUUAUGACAGAUUAAAUUAGCUGUCUACUUAAUGUUUCGGCUAUUACUUAAAAAAUUAUAGCUUUUAAAAAGUUCAAAAUAAUAAAUAUGGGGGAAUCCCUCUUUUAUGUGUAAGGUUAUAUUUUGUUAUAACAUUUCUUUACUCCUUCCUGAUUUUGAUUCCUAUUGCAUUUAACAAGUUGAUUUUUUCGUGUAUUUAUAUAAAUGUUAUUAAAUAAGACAUCGAUGUGUAAUUUAAUUAUAAUAAUAUAUGGCUUAAUAUCUGAGACAUUUAUCAUUUUAUUUACCUUAAGAUUUUGUUUUAUUCAGCUUUAAAAUAAUUCGAGGUAAACUUGUUGAGAAGAAAAAUUUAUUUAAAUAAAAUGGUUUUCGUAAAUUGAUAUUACAAUGUUUUUAUUAUAGAAUUUCUCGUAACGUUACAAAUAUUCAAAUUAGUUGUAAUUAUCAUUAAAGAAUUAUUUAAUUUCAGUUUUCUAGUACGUAUAAAAUAUGAUAAUAUUUGUACCAACUAAAAAAAAUCAAUGUAAAAUAAAGAUCCUGAAAACUCAUUUCUUUAUAUUAAGAGAACAUUUAUAUAAUUAUUAUUUUGUAUAAUUUGCGCAAAUAAUAGCAAAACUGAUGUUAUUCGGAAUAUGUAAUACUCAAAUUGAAUACUUAUUAGCUCUUAAAAAAUUAUGUACUUACACUUACAGUGUUAGGCUAUAGGAAAAAAAAUCUAUUUUAUACUAAUUGUAGUGUUAAAAUGUAACUUUAGAGUUAAAAGAUAUGUGUAACAGCUCACUCGACGAGGCUUCGAGCUUUGUAGUCACUUGUACCUUAUAGUCGCGAAUCCCAUAGAUGCUUGUAGGUAUCUAGUUUCUUCUUAAACUUUGGCACAACAUUUUUACUAAAACUGUUCUUUCCGUCAACUUUCAUUGAUAUUCAUGUUAAAUUUUGCAUUCUCAAUUUACUUCUUUGAUCUUAAACGUAAUGUUAUGUUUCGCAUAUUGGACAAAAUAUAAAUAGAAUGUACGUUUACAUAAAAUAUACCACAUCAAUCAACCAAAUGAAAUGAAACUGUAAGACUAAUCAAUCCUGUUUUGUUGUACGUAAUCCUUUCAGAAUAGAGGACUUACAGAUACUGAGGAACUAUGUGAGAUAAUUUUAUAUAGAAGUAAUGUUUCAAACACAUCUUCAUUGUAAAAUUUGGAACAAAAAUUUCAUAAACAAAAAGGUAUCACGAUGGAUAUCUUGAAUACAUUUUUCUCUUUUUAUAAUUAUUUCAUAAUUUAUAUGCUACUUUAAUUUUUUUUUUAAUAAAUAAAUAUACUUAAACAAUACACAUCACUAUCUAGCCCCAAAGUAAGCAUACAGAGUAGCUUGUGUUAUGGGUGCUAAGAUAGUUGAUAUUAUUAUAUUUAUAUUUAUGAUAUUCACAAUAACAUCGAUCGCUACUUCAUGUUUGAGUAAGUACAAUAAAUAAAUACUAUUUAUAAACUUACCUACCUUACUCAGUUAACUACGCUAUUGUUUUUAAUGAUUUUAAUUGUUUAAGUAAUUACUGUAUUAUUGUACAUUAGCGCACAACAUUGCCCAUUUCUACUCAUGCUUUAUGACGUCAUGUCACUGUCAUGAUGACAUUAUGUUAAUAUGUUUAACUUUAAUCGUAGACUUCUUUAAUGUUACUCGUAUUGUAGUGAUAAUAAGCAUUGAUGUUAUUAAAAUAGAAAAUAACUGUCGUGAAUUUUUAUUUAUGUGACAAAGUCAUUAUGAUCCCUUUAAAUCUUGCUUGCAUAAAUGUACCUACGUAAUCAUUAAUCGUAUGUUAAAAUAUUUAAUUCAAUAUUGAAAAUUGGAAAUUGUAACAUAAUUAAAAUUUGAAAUAUAAUUUAUUAUUUUCUGUAAAUACAUUUCUUACUCACAUACACCGGGGAAAGUGUAAUUUAAAUAUUAUUUUUAAUUCAAUUAAGUAGUUGUUAGAAUUAAAGUUAGUAUUAAAGUGAAAAAAAUAUAUAAAUGUACUAGAACUCUUAAAAUAUAUUUCGAGAUAUGAUAUGGAGUCAGUAAUAGGUAUACAAAUUCGUCAUUUUUGUAUAAUAAUAUAAUUUCUUAUCUUGAAAAAUAAUACUCCAUACUUUAACAUUCCAAAAGAAGCUGUCAUUGAAAGUUGACUUCUUUAUUGAAAAUAUUGUGAUUUUGAAAAUAUUGUAUUACGAGAAAGUUUCCUUACAAUAUUGUUUGCUAUACAAAGAAAUAUACCAAGUAAAAAUCCCUUAAUUGGUAGCUUUUCGCAAAAGGAAAUUGCGUCCUGGAAUACUACGUUAAACGUUGCGGUACCUUUGUGAAAUAUAAUUUAUCUUCCGUUGGAAUAAACAAAGAGCAUCCAACUAUAUCUAACUAAGAUUGGACUGAAACGAAAGCGAUACUAGUUAAAAUAAAUUAAAUUAACUCCGAUGGAUUAAUUUGAAUGAGGAUAAGAUACUUUAAAAUAAUAUUUUUAAGGUUUAUUUUAUAUUUCAUAUCAAUCAACCAAUUCAGUUUCAAAAACAAUAUUUCAAUAUCGCAACAUUUCGGAUUAGGUCACUUUCAUUAUGACGAUACGUUAAUGUAUUUUGUAAAUAUUCAUCGAAUCAUAACGAAUACGUUGUACUCUUUAGCGUUAAGAUAUUCUAUGUGUAAACUGUAAACUUAAGUGAACACUUGUUUCUUUAUUGUUUAUCAACUCUGUAAUAUGAUUUACAAUUUGUAAAUGUUUACGUAUUAGAUGCAACAUUAAACGCAAAUAAACAACAAUUAAGCUACAAGUCACCGCAUAUGCUAAACUAUGUUGCAGGAGGCAAACUAUUAAACAAUAGACAGUUCAACGCCAUAUCAGUGUCAUUAUAUGGUCACAGAAGAUAAAAGAAGAAAUAAUCACUUCAAGUUAGUUGAAACGUUGUUUACACUGCUGUAUCUUAUGUUAGGUUCUAUUAAAGAUGGCCACAAACCCCACAGUCGAUACUCCGUAAAUUUGGAAGUAGAUAAAUUAAUUAAGCUAUCCUCUUACAACUAUUUAAAUGUGAUUAAUUAUUUGUUAGAUUUUUAGACGUAAGUUUACUGUAAUCAGCCAAUAGCGUCAACGCAGAGAAACAUUGACCAAUCAGAGCAGAGAGAAUGACGUUGUCAGUCGAUGAGUUGGAGGGAAAGGAGAUAUGGUACAGAGAGGAAAAAAGAGAGAUCGGUGUGAGGAAAAAGUCAAUAAUUAUAUGUAAAAGUGCAUAAAUACCCAUGUAUUAUCAUUGAUUAUUCUUAUGUAUUAUAAAUACAAUAGAUUAUAUGCGAUAAUUCUGGUGAAAAAGGCAGUUGUGUUUUUAUUCCCGCUGACUCGGCUUAUACUUAUAAGAUACAGCAGUGUAAACAACGUUUCAACUAAGUAGGUAGUAAGGCCCUGAGUAGAUAUUAGCCCAUAUUAGGGCCUGUAGCUGUGUGGCACAUCGAUUCUCUAUCUACAAACGCUAACGCUCCGAAAAUUAAAAAAUGUAUGGAAACGACAUUGACAAUCGAAGGACACGUGAUCAAGUUGUCAAUCGGAUCUGUAUACAUUUUGUUACUUUUCGGAGUGUUAGCGUUUGUAGAAAGAAAAUCGACAUGCCACAUGGCUACAGACCAGAUCAGCCAUAACCGUGAUAUUUUUAAUUUAUAAAGUAAACUAAAAGUUGACUUCUGCAAUAUGGUUUAGCUGUACAAAAUAUAUUAUGUAUAAAAUUAUCGCAUAAACAGAAGACAAAAACCUUGAUGAAAACUAUAAUUUGGCAGAGGUAGAUCGAUUAAUUUUUUUUUUGAGACAAAUGCUCAAAAAGUUUGCCGGCACUUGUACAACUCAGGGAUGAAAUUCUUAGCAUGAAGUACUUUAAUGACAUUGAAAGUUACUGAUGCGACGCUUCGUGUCGUACUGCCUCGAUAAUGUAUUCGUUUUUUAAUUUUGUAUUUGGAGCGGCUACGACACUAUCUUAUUCCGCUCUAUUUGCGCUUUAUUUGCGCUCUGUUUUUUUAAUCUGUGGGUUGUUAAUAACGACCAAAUUAGUGAAUAGGCCAGCUGUGGAGUGAGAGGGCUGUCUGUCUGUGCGAUAAUACAUAAUUGAUAUUGUAAUCGAUUGCAAAGUCCAGCACUUUUAGUAACGACAUACAUGCCGACACUUCACCGAAAUAUCAGAUUUGUAUACUAAGGGAUUUUAGUAAAUAAAUUAUUGACUGGUGCUUUCACUAUAAA